AUGUCACAAAACUCGGGGAUUCGCGAUUCAAUGGCUGCGGCACAUCCUCAGCUAGUCAAUGGAACCGUCAAAAUGUCCGCUGAUGAGCUCUCACGCUACACAAAGGAUAAUCUUCAUUCUUGGGACGCCAUGGCCGAACACUGGGAGAUAUUUCAAUCACCAGCCGAUGCGAAUGGCAAAACCGAAGAUGGGAAUGACAUGUUCACGCAGUGCUUACUCCCUGUUGUUGACGAGCUAGUCGAAUGGGAAGCUGGGCAGACAGUGCUAGAUCUCGGUGCCGGCAGCGGCAUCAUUGCUCGCAGAUUCGCCAGUCAAGGCGCACAUGUCAUCGGACUGGACUACUCAGAACCCAUGCUCCAGAAAGGUCGUGAGCGAAGUAAAGUGGAGAAGUUGAAGGGCAGUGUGACGUACGAUUUCAUUGACUUGAUGGAUUACGACCUCAUGGCACAGUACAUGAAAGACCGCAACAACGAGAAGUUCGACAUAAUAACAAUCAGCACAACGUUGAAGUCCUUGCCAGAUCUAGAACCGAUCGCAAGAGCACUUCCUUUGAUGCUUGCACCAGGCGGACGGGUCGUUAUAGUCGAUCUGCAUCCUGUCUUCUCAAAGCCAGCAGGCCAUCGUGGUAUGGAGAUAUACGAAAACCCGGCCACCGGUAAGCAGCAGCUGGAUACGUACAUCAAAGUGCCAAAGUAUCUCAACAUACCUCCUACCCUCAGCGAGGCUGUCCGUGGACAGCCCGAACCUCUGUGGGUAUUUCACCGUCCAUUCCACUCAUUGUUAGCCCCAUUCUUCAACAACAAGCUUGUGCUGGAUGCCAUGCGAGAGCCAGCUUUCAAAGGAGAUCCAGUCCCAUCCCAGGCACAAUCCUAUCACAACUUCCAGCAAACACCGAUGUUGUUAGCCUUUCGACUACGGCACAUGGCAUGA